AUGCGCCGCCUUCGCGGGAAGCAGCCGGGGCCAUUCAGCAAAGGCGAGGGGCGGCUCCUGAAUGCGUUCGCGCAUCUGGCCAAGCCUCUGGGAUUGGGCGUAUUUCGAAUUGCUGCAGUGUCAAGGGCCUGCCGCUGCUUCCUGGCGAGUGAGAGUGGCCAUGACAGCUUUUGGCGGCAGGUCUUCGAGGAGAAGAUCUCCCUCAAGAAGAUCAAGAAAUGUGACGCAGCUUGCAAAGCACUCUUUGCUCGAAUCCCGUCUGGCCUGCAGUCGCUGGACCUGCUGCUCAGCAAGGUCGAGUGGUACUGCAGAGAAAGGGAGAGCAUCAGCGAAGAAGCGUUGAAGGUUCUGACUACGAAGCUCGGGAACCUUAAGAAGCUCUCCCUGGACAUGAGUUGCCACGAUGAGGAACUCCAGACAGAACUCAUGAGAAGCCUUCCCAGCACGCUCGACUCUCUUAGCCUGGCUAUGAAUAUGGAGGAGGGAGUCGUGGAGGUAAUGGCCCAAAAUCUUCCACGAAACUUAUCCAGCUUGGCGGUGGACUUCCACAUGAUGCUGGAGGGGGACCUCUCCGCUUUCCUGAAAGCGGUGCCCCGAUGCUUGAAGCAUCUUCGCCUGGGCUUGGCGGAGGUGCUCUCGAAGAAAGAUUUGCCACAUUUGGGUGCAGUGAUCAAAGGCAAUGCUGGAUUGGAGUCCUUGGUCUUGGACUUGGAAAACAACGGAGACUGCACAGGGAAAGGCCUCGUUCAAGUGGUCCAAAGCUUUCCACCACAGCUUCGUCAGCUGGAGGUCAGAAUGACACAGCUCGACUUGAAGCACCCAGGCCUGGGCAGGGCUUUCGCAGCGGGACUGGCGCAGUUGCGCCAGCUGCAGAGCCUCGUCCUGGACUUCGAGGAGUCGCGCCUGAAUCCCAAUGCGAGCUUUGCAUCUGACGUGCUGUCGGCAGUGCAGUCUGAGCUCUCGGAGUGCUCGUUGAAUUUUGCAGCCUGCGACGUCGCACCAGGGAGCUUGGCUUCUAUCGCAGACCUGCUGUCAAGGCAGCACCGCUUGCAGCGCCUGCACCUGGACUUGCGUGCGCAAGAGGUGAACGGGGUUGUGCCGGGCAUUGCCAAGAGAUGGCCCAACAUCACGGACUUGUCCUUGAGCUUCUUCAACUCUGACCUCUCUGGGCCAACCAUGGAUGUGCUGUCGGCCGCUUUGCCCCGCAACCUCACGUCCUUCAAGUUGAACAUCGAUGGCUGCUCUCAGCUUGCACCGAAGAACAUCGAAACCUUGCUUCGUAAGUUGCCGGCGGGGCUUGCUCACCUGGACUUGGAGCUCGAGUGGAAAACUGUUUGUGGAGCAAAAGAGAUUAAAUUCCCUCCCUUGUUGCAGACGCUUCGCUUCCACUGCAGUGCCCUCUACGAGCCGGGAUCAAACCAAGCACGCUUUGUCCAAGCCUUCUGUGGAGCAAUCCAACCUUUGAAAGUGCAGUCUUUGAAGCUGGGCUUUGCGAUGUGCGACUUCAGCUUGGAGAGCGCAGCCAAGCUGGCAAAGUGCUUGCCUACAAGUCUGCGCGAGCUCGAAAUGAACGUGGAUGGAGUGGUUAAUGCCACAGACACUACACAACGUUGGGAGGAGACGCUGCGUCCGCUCCAGAUUCGCUUCGGAGAAGGGGUGCAAAUUCCGCAGGAAGGCAGCAGCAGUGAAGAUAGGCGUGAGAAGCUGUCAAGCCUAUUCGCCCUCUUACGGUAG